AUUGACAAAUAUUCUAUGGGAGGAACGUUUUGAUUUUUCUUUUACUUCAAAACGUUUUUCCGGGUCUCUCAAUUUUAUACAAUUAAUAUGACCACGCUCCCCGUAAGUGGGCCCCUGUGAUCCUGUUUUGUCACAUUCAUCAUUCGUUAUACAUGUACAUUGUACAUGUAGUUGUUUAAAAAUUGCAAACUUGGUAGCAGAUGAAUUUCCUGCAGAAGAGGGAAGGGAAAGGGAGUAAUAUUUGGUGUUUGUAAUUGACAAUUUGACACUGGCAUUCAAUCGAAUCUAUAUAUAAGGUACCUGUUUAUAUAAUAACCCGGAACUCCAGUUUGAUCGAAAUCCUGACUGGACCGCUUUCUUGGGCGGACCUUUGGUUAAAUUAUACGACACAGGCCAUCGUGGUCACUCCCUAUAGUACAACUCAAUAACCUUACUUUUUAUCUGUUUCAUGUAGAAUGGAGAAAGAAGAUGAUUCCGAGGAUUCCUCAUCCACAAAGACACCGGCCAAAAGAGUGGUGGACGGGGGCUGGGGCUGGAUGGUUGUGUUCGGUGCUUUUAUGAUAAACGUUAUAACUGACGGAUGCUCAUAUUCAUUCGGGGUGUUGUUUACACAUCUUGUCGACUAUUUCCAGGCAAACAGAAGCUCCACAGCGUGGGUAGGUUCCGUAUUUAACGCCGCCCCACUUCUAUUUGGACCCUUCGCCAGCAUAAUCGCCAAACGGUUCGGGUUUCGAAUUGCUACGAUAGCUGGAGGUCUAAUCGCAGCUAUAGGGAUUUUUGCGAGUGUAUUUGCAAAUUCUUUGGGACUUCUCAGUUUUACAUAUGGCUUCAUUGCUGGAUUUGGAAUUUCCCUUCCAUAUUUAGCGUCUUCCGUCGUGGUGAUGAUGUACUUCGAAAAGAGGCGUUCCCUAGCAACGGGCUUGGCAGAAUGUGGGGCCGGAAUUGGAACACUGAUUUUUGCACCUCUUUUGCAGUACUUCAUUACAGAGUACGGUUGGCGUGGCUCUCUGCUAGUGUUAAGUGCAAUUGUAUCGAAUAUCGUCCUUUGUGGCGCUUUAUUCAGACCACAACCAAUCCUGGAGAACAGCAGAAUCGAAAUAUCUAUACAGCAAGAUUUAGAAGCGGUUUCUCUACCGACUUGUGAAGAAAGAACCGAGGAAUGUGGUAAUGUCGAAGAUGGAAUUCAAACUAUACAAAAUCAAUGUGUUGAAAAAGAAUUAUUUUUGAAUCCCGAGAGCCGCUCGUUAUUAGGGGGAAGUUUGAUUUCGUUAUCAGACAAAGCUAAAAUUAAAGAGCAAAAUCGAGGAGCAUGUGAAGAAGAAAACGAUUUGGAAGAAACUGAGAGUAAAUCGAGUAAUAGUUCUUGUAGAAUCGUAGACACGUCGAUAUUUCGUAAUUGGCGUUUUGUUGUUUUUUUAAUUGCAAACUUUAUUCUUUACUUUUGGUAUGAUGUGCCUUAUGUCUUUACAGUGGACAGAGCUUUAGAGAUUGGAGAAUCGAAAUCUGAAGGAGCACUUGUAGUUUCAAGUAUUGGAAUCGUCCACACAAUUGGCAAUGUUGUAUUUGGAUUUUUAGGGGAUUGUAAAAGAGUAAACCGUUCCAUUUUGUAUAGUGUUUCAAUGUGGCUUACUGGCCUUGGCCUCGCGUUGGUGCCACUGUCCAGAAACUCGGUAUCGUUUGCAAUAUUUGAUGCAAUAUAUGGUUUCUUUGUGGCAGCUUCUGAGGCUUUGUCCUGUGUUAUAGUGGCUGAUAUUUUAGGAAUAUCGAAAUUGUCCGAUGGCUAUGGAAUAUUGAUGUUUCUUCAGGGAAUUGCAAAUUUGGUCGGACCUCCAUUUGCAGGCUGGCUGUAUGAUGUCUCAGGUUCCUAUAACAACACAUUUUUUGCCGCUGGAGGCUCCAUUGUCUUCCUUGGAAUUUUAUAUGCUGUUGUUCCCAUUCACUCCCGAUUUACAUACAGAAAAAUAGUUGAAUAAAUUGUAAUAUUUUUUCCUAUAUUUCUGAAAUUUGUACGAUUCUUUUUCAUCAUUAGCUGUAAGGUGGAUAAACAGCAGUCGCAUUAAAACAUUGCAUGAUGCAUGCAAUUUUGAACGUUCAAGAACGACCU